AUGAAGAGGCAACUCGAAUAUAUUGAUCAGAUGUUUGACAACAUUAUCGAAAACAGAAUCAAAGCUAACUCCAACAAAAUCGAUAGGGUGGUUGAAGAAGAUGGAAGCAAGGAUUUUCUGCGGAUCCUAUUAGAGCUUAAAGAUCAAAAAGACACUCCAGACGUCAUAGUCGCCGCAAAUGACACAACAUCGACAAUGGUGGAAUGGGUGAUGGCAGAGAUUUUGAAUAAUCCGGUUGUGAUGAGAAAAGUUCAAGAUGAAUUAACCGAGGUUUUUAGUAUAAACAAUAUUGUUGAAGAAUCCUAUUUGCACAAAUUGACAUAUUUGGAUGCAGUAAUCAAGGAGACAUUCAGAUUACACCCUCUACUUCCCCUCCUAAUCCAGAAAUCCCCAGAUGAAUCUUGCAAGGUGGGUGGCUACACAAUCCCGAAAGAUACAACCGUGCAUAUCAAUGUUUGGGCAAUCCACCACGAUCCUGACAACUGGACUAACCCAUUGGAGUUCAAACCAAAGAAGUUUUUGAACGGCAAAUGGGAUUACAAUGGAAAUAAUAUGAAGUUUUUUCCGUUUGGAACAGGAAGAGGAAUAUGUCCGGGAAUCCCCUUGGGUGACAAGAUGUUAACAUGUAUGUUAGCAUCUUUUUUGCAUUCUUUCGAGUGGAACUUUCCUAAAGAUGAAGAGUUUGAUGUUAAUGAUAAGUUUGGAUUUGUAACAAAGAAAAAGAAAUCAUUAGUGGCUAUACCCUCUCAAAGGUUAUCUGACAAAACACUUUACAUGGGAUGAAAAUUUGCUCUUAAUUCAAAGGUGACACUUGUUUAUGCGGCUUUCCAUUGUGGAAACUGUUGACUAUCUUAAAUUUUUGUUUAGAGCCAGUUGUUG